AUGUUAAAAUAACAAAACUAGCUUAAUACACCUUCAACCUAAUUCACUGUAAGAACUCCAGAAAAGAAUAUGGCUGCAACGCCUCACUAAAUAGUGCUUUAUUUCUCUUAUUUUUUAGUAAAGCGAUAUCUAUAAUUAUACUCCUCAUGGUUCGAGAGGAAUUAUUUUACUCCCAUCUCAAUCAAACCAUCAAUUGCCAGGAACUCUCAUUCCUCAAUGGGAUGUGUAAGCAGAUACUCAAAGUCCUGUGAAAGGCUAUGACAUGAAUUCUCUAGCAAAUAUCGAAGAAAAUAUGAAGCUUAUUAUACAGAAGCACGAUGAAUUAUCGGUUGAAUUAAAGCAAGAAAAACAAUAGCGUUUGGACAUUGAAAGCAAAUUCUAGCACUUGCAAUAAAAAAACCAAGAGUAUUUAUAUAAAUCUAUAAAAACAGGUUAGAGGAAGAGUUAAAUAAAUAGAAACAAAUAUGUAAGCAAAUGGAGUAUUUUAGUAAGGAAUUGGAGAGUAAACUAUAAAACCAAGUUACCACCACUUCAAGCCAUUCUUCAAUUGAAAAUGAGAAUUAACAGAAUAUGUUCAGAUAAGUGGAAAACCAAAUGAUAGAAUUAAAAAAACAAUUCGAGAAGGAAAAACUGAAAUCUUCGAAUGAAUCAGAUAGACUUAUCAAGGAAUUCAAGAUAAUUUAUCAAGAACAAAAAAACUUAAAUCAGAAAUUGUUAGAUGAGAACAUUCAGUUAUAAAAAGCAAUACGUUCUAUUAAACAGAGUUCGAAGGAACUGUAGAAGUCAUCUUCUAACCUAUUGGAUGAGGCAAAGCUUCGGAAUAUUGUGGAACUAUUUUACUUCGAUAACAAUGAAGAAUGCUUGAAUCUGAUUCCUACUGAACAACAAAUGGAGGCAAUGAAGAUACUCAAGUAAAUUUCCUCUUCUUAGAAUUCAAAAAAGUAGAAGGACUAAACAGGCAAUAAGUCGAGUGCAAAAAAAGAACUCAAAAACCAAUAGGAGUAAUUGAUAGGGGAAAUUAAAAGUCAAAUGGGUAAAUUCAGUGACCAGAAGGUAAAUAAAUAAGUAUAUUUUAAGAAUAUUAAACAGAAGGACUUAAUCAAAUUACAGUAGGAGUCUGAGGAACUAAAACGAUAGUUGGAUUGGGUGGAGAGUUAGAUGAAGGAGAUUGAUUAGAGUCCCAAGCAUAACUCUCACAAGAAUAGUAAUGUUUCCUUUAAAAAUAAUAAUUUUUAUUGA